AUGGACUGCUAUGAAUUAAGGUCCGUCGUCGUAAAUUUGGAAAAUUCAGAUUUAUCCGAUUCCGACAAUUCCGAUUUCCAUUCCAAUUCCGAUUCCGACUUUGACAAUUUAACGCAUGAUUCGUUUUCGCCAACGGAAAAACCGAAAAAUCCAUUGCACGAUUUGAUGGAUACGUGUCGCGAAAGAAACUUUUCUCCUGAAAAGACAAACAUUUGGUUAAACAAGUUGAUUCUGAUCUCGCCAUGUGCCGCCAUUGAUGAAUUAGAUAACGGCGGAUCUUGCAUCUUGCAUAAAAUGUUGGAUUAUUUCAUUGAAAUGAACUAUAAAGACACAAGAGGUGUUGAUGUGGUCGAACUGAUGCUCAAUAAAAGCAACUUGGACUAUCGCGAAUACCAAAAAGGCAUCGUUUUGUCCUUGUUACAAAAUUACGACAAAAAUAUCGAUCCUCAAUCGAUCAAAUUCCUUCAAUGGCAAAUUUUGAGUCGUGAAGGCGAAAAAAUCAUGGAACGAUGGAUUUUGCAAAACGAUGAAUCACGCGACGUAAAGAAAUUUGUGUGUAACGUUCACAAAGCUACCAGAGAUAACGUUCAUCUCGAUGACAUGGUUGAAUCGAUAUUGUCUUCCGGUUCGCUUCAACUACUAAAGUACGUGAAAAAAGUCGUUGAGGAGAACAAAAUCUCGUUAGUCACGCCGAUCAUUAUUAACGCUGUUUGUUGGGGAACUUUUGCCAAACCAGAUAAUGUCCCGGAUUUCCGGAAAUGCUUUGAGUAUCUCUUGAAAACAGCUGAUAAGCAAGAAUUGUGCAUAAAAGACGAAGAUAAACCAAAUUCAACUGCAUUAGGACUCGCGGAUGCUUUCAAAGAUGAGUUUAUGGUAAAAGCUCUUUUAGCCAAAGGAGCUCCAAUUUCCAUCCGAGAUUACGAUGGCAAGUUUCCAAUUGAAAAUUGUAGUGUUAAGAUGCUACAAAGGCAUUUUGAUUCGUUAAUCACGUUGAAUCCAACGACAUUUUUGGAAGAUGAAAGUGUUUGGAAACUCAUUAAUGCCAUCUAUCAGGAUGAAUAUCAACUUCAAGGAUUCAUUUUUGUUAAUUUUGCUUCGUUUUCCUUUUAUGACGAAGAAAAGGUCAAAUUUAAGGACCUUGACUUGAUCUACUACUUCAGUGAGUCGCCCAGAUUGAAUCGUCUCAUAGAUCAUCCAGUUCCCGCCAUUUUACUCGAACUCCAUUGGAAUCGUUUUAAAAAAUGGAUCUUUCUAGAUCAAGUUGCCGUUAUUUACAUCAUUGUGGCAUGUUUGGGAUUUUUCGUAAAGUACUUUUUGAAUUUGCCGCCAAAAAUUUGCGAAACUUCAGAUUACAUUUCGGCGGCACUUUCGACCUUCUUUCUCCUGUUGAAUUUAUUGAAAAGUUAUCAAGUUUUCGAUUUGAUCAAAACAGCAAUCAAAAAUUUGUAUCAACAGAAAGCUGAGAUAAAUUACCAUCAACAAUAUCCAAUUCAUCGAAUCCUAACCUCAUUUUGCCUAAAAAUGCCACUUUUGAUCUUGAUGAUCUAUUAUGCCGUCAACCAUUGUGAUCAUCAUGUUGAAUCAUGUAAACAAACGAUUGGCGCUGCGAUCAUUCUUCUGUCAAUCAAUGUGACGUUUUUUAUUGCGUAUUUUUGCCACACCGUGGCGCACUAUGUCAUCAUGUUUAUGUAUGUCGCAGCAACAGGAUUGAAAUUCAUUUGUUCAAUGAUUCUAAUUCUCAUUGGAAUGGGAGUUGGACUUUUGAUGUUCAUCAAGAACUUUGGUUAUGAUCCCAUUGAAGAAUCUGAUUCUCAUAAUUCGACACUUUGGGCCAAAAAAGCUGGAUUAAGUGUCUUUAGAGCAUUUGUAAUGGCGACGGGUGAACUUGAAGCGGGAAAUUUGGAUUUCUUUUCAACUUGGUCCUACUUGGUUUUAAUUGUCUUCAUUUUCACGGUUCCAAUCGUCUUUUUUAAUCUCCUGAAUGGCUUGGCAAUUGAAGAUAUUGCUGAGAUUAAAAGUCGUGCAGCAUUUUGGCAUCGAAAGACUCAACUGAUGAUUUUGAAUGAGUUUCAAAAGUUUUAUGGGCAAAUAAACCAUCAUCUGAAAAUUGUCAAACAUUACGACAUAUCAGUUUAUCCAAAUAUAAUUGGCGAAAAAACAUUCAUUGGUAUCAAUACAUUAACACAGGAAGUGUUCAAAAUGACUGGCUUGACACCCGAAGAACGAACUUUAGUUGGCAAACUAUCAGAUUGCAAUGUUUCAAAUGCAGAGGAAAUUUUACGAAAUCGCCAUCAGUUGUAA